UUGGCGCGCAUUGUUUUGUGCGUCCUUCUUUUAAACUCCAGAAAUCAGGGAGUUGCAGAGCCAGAAAUGCCGGAGGGAAAUGCGGAGCUGGCCGAGAUAAGGCGCUUCCUGAAGGAGCGCCUGCAGCGGGACUACAUCACCUUGCGGGGCUACGCGGAGGAGCGCUCCAAUGUGCGACAGCUGCUGAAGCGCACGGCGGAAAUGGGUGAAUCCAACUCCUUGCUGCUCAUUGGACCACGAGGAUCCGGCAAGACGACGCUCAUCAACGCCGUGCUGGCGGAUCUGCUGGCCAACAAGGCGUUUGUGGAGAACACACUGAUCGUGCAUCUGGAUGGAAAUCUCCACACGGACGACCGCCUGGCCCUCAAGUCCAUCACCGUGCAGAUGCGGCUGGAGAACGCCGCCGAUGGGCGCGUGUUCGGCUCCUUCGCCGAGAACCUGGCCUUCCUGCUGCAGUGCCUCAAGGCGGGCGGCAAGCAGUCGAAGAGCGUGGUCUUCAUCCUCGAGGAGUUCGACCUGUUCUGCGCCCACCACAACCAGACGCUGCUCUACAACCUCUUCGACGUCUCCCAGUCCGCCCAGGCGCCCAUCUGUGUACUCGGAGUCACCUGCCGCCUGGACGUGAUCGAGCUGCUGGAGAAGCGGGUCAAGUCGCGCUUCUCGCACCGGCAGGUCUUCCUGUUCCCCAACUCGGAGCGCUUCGAGGAGUACGUGGACCUGUGCCGGGAUCUCCUCUCCAUUCCCAGUGACAAUGCACUUUUGCAGGCAGCGGAAAGGGUGCUAAAUCUUGAGAAGAUCCACUCGGAGGUGCUUAGCUUCACGCGCAAUCACUUUGAUCCGGCGGACUUUAGUUUCGUGCCCAGAACCCGCGAAGCCUGGAAUAAAGAGGUAGCCAAAGUGCUGGCCACCCAGCAGGCCAGACGCACCCUGAAGGCGCUCUACGACUUCGACAUCAGCGAGGCCUUCCUCAAGAGCUUCCUCUUCCGCCUGGUGGCCCAACUGCGGCCCCAAUGCCCCCACAUCACCGCCGAAAGAAUGGCUGCGCUGGGCGCGCAGUUCGAGGGCGACGACAAGAUCGAGCUGCUCUGCGGACUGUCGGUCCUCGAGCUCUGCCUCAUCAUCGCCAUCAAGCACCACUCGGAGAUCUACGACCGCGAUCCCUUCAACUUCGAGAUCAUCUUCACCCGCUUCUCCAAGUUCGCCAAGGUGUCCACCACGAUGCAGGGCGUGGAGCGCUCGAUCGUGCUGAAGGCCUUUGAGCAUCUGCGCAUCGGGGAGCUGAUCAUGCCGAUCGCCGGAGGCAGUGGCGCCGGCGUGGGCAAGGUGCAGAAGGAGUUCGAGAUGCACAAGUUGGCGCUGACCUACGGGCAGAUUCAGCAGGCGGUGCAGCGGUACCAGGCGCUGCCCACGGAGGUGGCCCAGUGGGCGCAAAGUUCCCUCAUCUAGCAGUCUCUCGUUCGCUUGAAUUCAUUCCUUAAUUGUUUUAUUUAUUUAUUAUUCGAAAUAAAGUUGAAGCCUAAUUGUUUUAAAAUUUGAAU